AUGCUUAAUGGAGCCCCUGUAGGAAGCAUUGGAUUCGCUAACAGUCCGUCUAGUGGUUGGAUGACAGGGCCUUUAUUUCUCAAAGUUCUUCAACAUAUACAAAAAACCGUUAGAUGCACGAAAGAUGACCAAAUACUAAUAUUACUUGACAAUCACGAAAGCCACUGCACAAUAGACGCUAUAAAUUUUUCGAGAGAAAAUGGCAUGGUAUUAUUAACAUUCCCUCCUCACUGCACUCAUAAAUUGCAGCCACUCGACGUUGCAGUAAACAGUCCCUUUAAAGCAAAGCUUGCAGUCGCUCAAAAUGAUUGGUUGCUUAAUCAUCCGGGUAAAACCAUCACCAUUCACGAUCUGGCGAGUAUUGUUACUCUUGCAUAUAAUGCUUCACACACUAUCAAUAACAUCACAUCGGGAUUUUCUGCGGCAGGGAUAUAUCCAUUUUCGAGAAACAAAUUCACAGAUGAUGACUUUGAAUGUUCAGAAGUGACUAAUAUGCCUGUUCCUGCGCAACAAGCACCUUUGAUUGUUGCAUCAGAAAAUGUAGCAAUUGAUCAAACUGAUGAGAUGUUAUUUCAGGUUAGUGCUUCUGUGCAUCGUAGUGAUAACAAUAAUGCCCUUAAUGCUACAGAUCUUGAUGUGGAUCAAUCUGUAAUAACAGUCACUCAGGCCAUUGAAGCAUCUCAAAUUGUAGUUCCUGCACCAUCCGCAAUCGACAGUGAUGCCACUGAUGCUGAAGAUAUAGAACUUGAUCAAUCUGUAAUUACACCCACCAAGGCUAUUGAUACAGGUCCGGUUGUUGCUAAUUUUGAGAAUAUGAGUCAACUCACAACCACAAACACUACAUCUCAACCUCUCCAUAAACUUGACCAUGAAGUAGAUGAAUUUGCAACAAUCACUGAGGCAACUGAUAAAGCUCCAAUAGGGUUAAUAAUUCCUGAAGCAAUAAGACCUUAUCCAAAAGCGGCUCCUCGUACUGGAAGAAAAGGAAGAAAGAAAGGCUCCUCGCGUAUUUUAACUGACACUCCAGAAAAACACGCAAUAGAAGCAGCUUAUCUAGACCGUAUUAAACGCAAACCUUCAAUUGUUCCUUUAUCAAAACGAGGUAAAUCUACGGCUAAAAACACUUCUACAAAAACCAAGAAGAAGAAAACUUCGCAAGGUGAUCAAUCAAACUCAGAAUCAGAUGGAAAUAUAUCUUUGCAUGAUGAUUCUGAUAUGGAUGCAAGUGAUAGUCUAAGUAGUUCUGAGUUUGAUGCUCAAGUUGCCGAGGGAGAAUCAAUUCAAUAUUUGAGAAAUGAGGAUUUAAAUGAAAAUGAUUAUGUGUUGGUAAAAUGUCACUCUACUAAAAAUGAUGCACAAAUGUAUUUUGUGGCAAUUAUUAAAAGAAAAGACAAAAGUAUGUUUUUAGUUUCUUUCAUGAAAAAGAAAUUUGGUUAUAAAUUUUUGUUCCCUGACAAAGAAGAUCAAUCUUUCAUUCCUAUUACGGAUGUUGUGAAGAAACUUCCAAAACCAUGUCCUGCUGGAGGAACUUCACGAACAGCUGCUCUUUUAACCUUCAAAUUUGACUUUAGUAAAUUUAAACUAGGC